AUGACUUUUCCAGUAGAAAAGCCAUACUGUGGAACAACAAAAGUAUAUCUAGCGCUAAGCAGCGGGUACUAUGUGCCGACCAAAGUAUGGAACGCACACGGUCACGGAUACACUGCUCCAAUAGCCACGAGCAUAGCCAGAAGAUGUGAAGUCACUGUCCUAGCGACAGCUCCCGAUGUGAUCGAGACCAUUCAGGGCGGUCCAACCAGAGACGUGCCUUUCGAUCAAAGUCGUAGUCGCGGUCAAGCAUGCCAUCUACGACACACCCUGCACUGUGGGGAAGUAUGGCUGCCACACUACCUAGCAGGAACCCCUGUGAAGCCCAAGUCGGUUGGUUCAUCGGAGGAGCUGCUGAGAGCAGCAGAAAGUAGCUCGUCUUGUUCAAAGGGAAUCUCGACAGCCUCCGUUACGCGUCACGACGUUUCGCCACCAGUAAAGUAUUAUGUUGGUCUCCCCGUAGUGCGGCCCGCUCCUGGGGCGAUCAGUCGUGUUUCUCCUGUUAUUGCUGGGAGUCGCUGGGCUCCAGCUGCUGAAUGCUGGCAUCUGGACAAAAAAGACCGUUUCAUUCAGAUUGCCAUUCGGACACUGAACGUCUACUUUGGGCGUUAG